AAUCUCAAACGCUAGCAGUAGACAAAUGGGUGGGUCUUAUGUGUGUCAGUUUCGUUCCUUGCCAAUCUACACCCUGAUUAGUACACUGCAACAAGGGAAGGGCAACAACGAAAAGAAAAGAAACGGAGUAUUUUAAAUUUGAAGGCAGACGAGGGGAGAGAUGGCUGCUAUCCGUAAGAAGCUGGUGAUCGUGGGGGACGGGGCGUGCGGGAAGACCUGUCUGCUCAUCGUCUUCAGUAAAGACCAGUUCCCCGAGGUCUACGUGCCCACCGUGUUUGAGAACUACAUCGCCGACAUCGAGGUGGACGGCAAACAGGUGGAGCUGGCCCUCUGGGACACGGCAGGUCAGGAGGACUAUGACAGACUGAGGCCUCUGUCCUACCCAGAUACGGACGUCAUCCUCAUGUGCUUCUCUAUAGACAGCCCCGACAGCUUAGAGAACAUUCCGGAGAAGUGGACCCCGGAGGUGAAGCACUUCUGUCCCAACGUCCCUAUCAUCCUGGUGGGCAACAAGAAAGACCUGAGGAACGACGAGCACACCCGCAGGGAACUGGCCAAGAUGAAACAGGAGCCAGUGAAGCCUGAGGAGGGGCGGGACAUGGCCAACCGCAUCAGUGCCUUCGGCUACCUGGAGUGCUCCGCCAAGACCAAGGACGGCGUGCGGGAGGUGUUUGAAAUGGCCACCAGGGCGGCGCUGCAGGUCCGCAAACGCAAAAAGAGGGGCGGCUGCCUGCUGCUGUGAGCGGUGGCAUCUUGGCUCCGCCCCAUCAGCCAAUCAGCGACCGACAGCAAAGCCCCGUCCGCCCGGCGACCUUGGAGAAAACCUUUACCCAACCGACGGCUUCUUUCUCGGACUGUAUUUACCCAUACACACAGAUACACACACACACGCGCGCCACAGGCGAAGAUGAAAGACUCCUGUUAAAAGCAAAACAAAUCAGCCUUCUUUGUGUUCCUGUUAAAAGCAAAACAAAUCAGCCUUCUUUGUGUUUGUCUUCCUCUUUGUUUUCCUGUUCUCCCUCACACACACUCGUUUUUCUUCUUCCUCAUUCAGCUGUGUUUCUCACCAGCAUAUCAGCCUGUCUGUAUGAGGGGGGCCCCAUGAUUAUGUAUGUAUGAAUGGAUGUAUGUAUUUAUAUGUGCCUAUACUCUACAUAUAUAUCACUGCCAUCCCACUCUGUCUCCAUCUCCUGACUGCAGUAUUGUUUACAGAGAGAAGGACCAAGUAGCUUCCAGCCCAUCCCACAGCAUACUCCAACCACAACUCUUGUUGACUCUUAAAGUUUCUGUUCCAGGAGGGAGGAACUGCUUUCCGAGCAGAAAUGUUUCCCGUUCAUUUGUAUUUUUUAACCUUUGUCAACCGCCCUGCAGCGAUGUAUGUCUUAUUUAAAAACCCCACCCCUCCACAUAUAAAUAUAUUGAUAUUUCAGUCCAUGCUGAUUCGGCACAUUUGAAAAGCACUGUCCUAAUGUAUUUCCCGGCUCAGUGAAUCUAGUUGAACACUGAACAACAGACACUACACUAAUGCUUCAGCCUCACUGAAUACCACUCUCUCACUGUGACAGACAUACACUGCCACAUGAACAGCAAGGCUUGUUUGCUUGGGGCGAGUUCGAGGAAUGCACCUCACUCUUUCUUUCCCUCGUUCAUGGUGAGAGGGUGCGCUGGCACCAGCGAGACAGUGGACUAUUGUCAGUAACACAAUGGUUCCAGUCACACACUCAAGCAGACUAAGCUCUGGCCAAAACACACCAAGAUCUGUCUUACCCUCUCUCUCUCUCCUAUAAAGAAACGGUUCCGCCCAGAAACAGUUCUUGGUCUUCCAAUAUCAGAUAGUCCAAUUAAAAUAUAGCAUCCUAUUGGACUUCUCCACCGAUCUAUAUCUGCCAAGUUGAUUGGCAUCGAUGGGGACAAAAACUCAGUAGUGUGCCAACUUCAUCAUGGUUAUCAUUACUGAUCUGAUGGCUUUGCAGGAGAAGCCUUACAAGUGAUUAUCCACUUAUUAUACCCACACCUGCCAAUCAAUUGACUCCAUAUAGAACAUAUGACAUCUUGAGAUAUGAUUGGAUGAAGACAACAGAUUUUAUAAACCAAUGAGAGGGUGUCAAGUGGUCGGCGUAAGUGAAUUCUGAUGAAUCCAUCCAAAAGUCUCCACUAACCUGAGUCACCGAGUUAAAUGAUUCGCCUCAUGUCUCUUCCGUCCAUCGUACUGAUCUAUACAUGUUCAGUAAGAAAUGAGAAGGGAGCCUCGCACGACUGUGCUCUCACCAGUGCAGACGCUUCACCUGCUGAGGAAGGAGAAAAGCAAGAAGAUGAGAAGACACCAUAUAGUCUACAGUCACUGCUUUUGUUCCACAGCUACUUUCAAAUCCUUGCCCUUUUACCGUGUCAGAUGUUCUGCAGGUGUGGAGAGAAUGCUGAUUGUGAUGACUAUUACACUUUACAAACAGGACUGGGGUGGUAGAGAUUGUCUGAAGGAGAUCAUGUUAAUAAAAUAUUUUUGAAAUGGUAUAAUCCAACACAAGACUAAA